CGUGACCAAGGUGUAGACUAAGAAGUGGAGUCAUGCUUCACACGGCCAUAUCAUGCUGGCAGCCAUUCCUGGGUCUGGCUGUGGUGUUAAUCUUCAUGGGAUCCACCAUUGGCUGCCCUGCUCGCUGUGAGUGCUCUGCCCAGAACAAAUCUGUCAGCUGCCACAGGAGGCGGUUGAUCGCCAUCCCAGAGGGCAUUCCCAUCGAGACCAAAAUCUUGGACCUCAGUAAAAACAGACUGAAAAGCGUCAACCCUGAAGAAUUCAUAUCAUAUCCUCUGCUGGAGGAGAUAGAUUUGAGUGACAACAUCAUUGCCAAUGUGGAGCCAGGCGCAUUCAACAAUCUCUUUAACCUGCGAUCCCUCCGCCUGAAAGGCAAUCGCCUGAAGUUGGUCCCUUUGGGGGUAUUCACAGGGCUGUCCAAUCUCACCAAGCUUGACAUUAGUGAGAAUAAGAUCGUCAUUUUACUGGACUACAUGUUCCAAGAUCUCCAUAACCUCAAGUCUCUAGAAGUAGGGGACAACGAUUUGGUUUAUAUAUCACACAGGGCCUUCAGCGGGCUACUUAGCUUAGAGCAGCUCACCCUGGAGAAAUGCAACUUAACAGCAGUACCAACAGAAGCCCUCUCCCACCUCCGCAGCCUCAUCAGCCUGCAUCUGAAGCAUCUCAAUAUUAACAAUAUGCCCGUGUAUGCCUUUAAAAGAUUGUUCCACCUGAAACACCUAGAGAUUGACUAUUGGCCUUUGCUGGACAUGAUGCCUGCCAAUAGCCUCUAUGGUCUCAACCUCACAUCCCUUUCCAUCACCAAUACCAACUUGUCCAUGGUCCCCUUCCUUGCCUUUAAACACCUGGUUUACCUGACCCACCUCAAUCUCUCCUACAAUCCCAUCAGCACUAUUGAAGUAGGCAUGUUCUCUGACCUGAUCCGCCUUCAGGAGCUUCAUAUAGUGGGGGCCCAGCUCCGCACCAUUGAGCCUCACUCCUUCCAAGGGCUCCGCUUCCUACGUGUGCUCAAUGUGUCUCAGAACCUGCUGGAAACUUUGGAAGAGAAUGUCUUCUCCUCCCCGAGGGCACUGGAGGUCCUGAGCAUUAAUAACAACCCACUGGCCUGCGACUGCCGUCUCCUCUGGAUCUUACAGCGACAGCCCACCCUGCAGUUUGGUGGCCAGCAGCCCAUGUGUGCUGGCCCAGACACCAUCCGAGAGAGGUCAUUCAAGGAUUUCCAUAGCACUGCCCUCUCUUUUUACUUUACCUGCAAAAAACCCAAAAUCCGUGAAAAGAAGUUGCAGCAUCUGCUCGUGGAUGAAGGGCAGACGGUCCAGCUAGAAUGCAAUGCCGAUGGAGACCCGCAGCCUGUGAUUUCCUGGGUGACUCCCCGAAGGCGUUUCAUCACCGCCAAGUCCAACGGAAGAGCCACCGUGUUGGGUGAUGGCACCUUGGAAAUCCGCUUUGCCCAGGAUCAAGACAGCGGGAUGUAUGUGUGCAUCGCGAGCAAUGCUGCUGGGAACGACACCUUUACAGCCACCCUAACUGUGAAAGGAUUCACUUCAGACCGCUUUCUUUAUGCGAACAGGACCCCUAUGUACAUGACCGACUCCAAUGACACCAUUUCCAAUGGCACCAACGCCAAUACGUUUUCCCUGGACCUUAAAACAAUACUGGUGUCUACAGCCAUGGGCUGUUUCACAUUCCUGGGAGUGGUUUUAUUUUGUUUUCUUCUCCUUUUUGUGUGGAGCCGAGGGAAAGGAAAGCACAAAAACAGCAUUGACCUUGAGUAUGUGCCCCGAAAAAACAAUGGUGCUGUUGUGGAAGGGGAGGUGGCUGGACCCAGGAGGUUCAACAUGAAAAUGAUUUGAGGGUCCACCCUUCACACUCCUGUCCCUUUGUCAUUGUUGGUAAUCAGUACGACAGUCUGGCACGGUAAAUUGCUAUAGGUUAAGAGGCAGCUUCGUGCCGCUGCCCUGCGUCAAAGCAGGGUCCGUGGAAGCAAGAGGACUUCUUAUGGAGACUCUCCAUCUAGAGGCAGACAGGCACCGUGUCAGAGCCCUUCACACAGUGGGAUACUAAUUGUUUGCAUUGCAAAUAUUGGCAUUCUGGGGAUCUCAGUUAUGAACCUGAACCUCUGGCUCAUGCUCAUGGACAAUUAUUCAGCAUUUUCUACCACUGCAAAAACAAAAUAAAAAAUAAAAAAGAACAACCUACAGUGUAGGAUUUACAUAUUAAAAAGACAUAUUUGUCUAAAACAUACACUACAGAAAAAUUUGUAUCUAUGAUUAUUAUUUGUUAAAGCCUUGCAUCAUACCAUAUCGUUGGUUCAGCACCACAAAGAGAUCAAUAUAUUCUUUACUUUUCUUCUUUUUUUUGAAACAUAUAUGCUGUACAUGUUUUAAAGCAAUAUGAAUGAGAGGUUGUGCUUUUAGUUACUCACCACUAUAGAUCCAAGUGUGAUUUCACCUUCCUUUACCUGCAGACGACCCUGAGUUAGAUCCCUGGAGUUAUGGGAGGAAAUACAUUGAGAUAUGUGUUUGUCUGAUGUAGGAUGCCAGGAAACAGAACCCAAGGCAAAACUGCUCAACUCUGUUAACUUCUGUUACUAUAAAUAAAGGCAUGUGCCUAGUUUUGAUACA